AUGACUGAGCCUACAAUAGAUUUCCAUAUACAGACCCACCAGCCGCAAUUCAACAUUCCAACCCAGCUAAUCAAAAAGAAUUUCAAACUGAUCCAAAAACUCAUUGAAAAGCAAAAGAAACUGACAAGUGAUGAAAUUACAAAGAUUAAAAAGAAUGCCACACUUUCAAAAGAAAUUAAAUUGGCAAUGAUUAGGAAGUUGAUUGCUAGUUUUGAGACUUUCCAGAAAAAAUUGCAAGUCUUGAUCAAGAAGGAUGAGGAGUACCGAUCUCGUUUGGUUACUCGUGUGGAGAAUAUUCAACAGUUGGGUAAAUACGGCGAGACCAAGGAGCCCCUGGACAAUAUGCUCAACUUUCAUAAUCCAAAUUUGAUCAACUGGUACCGGAUGGAGACCAAUUUGUUGAUUGUUGAUUAUUUGAUCAAAUCCAAUACUCAUGGAGAGAAUCUUGGACUCGAAUUGCUUGAAUCGUUGUCCCAGACGAAUCCUCGGAUAAAGAAGCUAAUUGAUUAUGACUUGUACCUCGAUUUCAACAAGGUGUACUUAUCCAUCACCAAAGCACAUGAUUUAUCAUUGAUUAUCAAUUGGUUCAACGACAAUAAGGCACCUCUAAAAAAGGCCAAUUCCAACCUCGAGUUUGAAAUUAAUUAUUGCAAGUAUCUCACAUUGAUUGAAAGCGGUGAUGUUAAUGAAGCAAUAAAGUUUUCUCAGGACAACUUGUCAAGUUAUGGAAACAAGGAAAACUACUCCCCCGAAGAAGCUGAAAAUUACAAGCUCAAUCUGGAGAGAUUGAAAGGACUAGGAGGAUUAUUGGUAUAUCGUUCAAUGGACAACUCAUUCUCCAACAAGUUGUUUUCAAAUAGAUUGAUGUUUCAAUCACAGCCCUACCGUGAAUACGAGAGUUUGCUUUCAAAUGAACGAUGGGAAAAUCUUGGACGCUGUUUUGUUGACAAUUUCAUAAACCUUUAUGGAAUCACCACUCAUUAUCCAUUAUUUGUGUACUUAUCAGCAGGACUAUCCAGUUUAAAGACAAAAUCAUGCUAUCACAAUACUGAAAACACCGUGUUUAAAGAAUCACAGACAUUGUCAAUCGAUACCUCCACCCGUGUUCUCCCUACACUUCCUACGCUAAUCACAUCUGCCAAGUUCAAUUCAUAUACUGCUCCUAUUAACCCAUUAACACAACGCAAAUACAGGGGUCCCGAUUUCUACUACAGACUUCUCCAUAAAGUCAACAACUGUCCCGUUUGCUCACCCGAGAUGUAUCAAUUGAGUAGAAACCUACCUUUUGCUCAGUUGAUCACGAGUAUUUUCAACAAUCCAUUCAGGUUGCCCAAUGGAAACAUAUACCCCUUCGAUAAGUUGUUAUCCCUGAAUGGAGAAUACUUAUCGGAACAGAGUACGCUAUUACGACAAGGUCAGGUGAAAGAUCCAUUAACUCAUGAAGUGUUCUAUAUAGAUAAUUGUAUACGAGUGUUCCCGGCAUGA